AUGGGAAUCAAAUUUGACGCCCAAGGCAAUUUCCUGAUCGGCUGGGAUCAGGGUCAAUCCAAGAAUGAUUCCAACUUGUGGCUUGCCAGUGGAAGGGCUAGCCCGUCCAAUUUUGUAGAGAGGUCCAUCGAUCUUGGACCAGGAGAAGGCUUUGGUGAUGACGUUGACCACUCCACCUACUGGUUAAGCCGAGGGCGAGGUCUCACGAGUUCAAUAAUCAAAGUUACUGCCAGAGAUCAGCGACAUAGUGCAGAGGUAAUGGAAGGCACCCUCUCACCUUUCACUUGUCCUACUUUGACUCUGGGCCAUUAUGUUUUCUCUGUGGCAUCAAAAGAGCCCCCCUCCGAUGCAGAAACCCCCGACGAAGCCGCGCUCGGGAGCCAGCUGUUGACGGAGUUGGACCAAGCUACAAAUAAUUCAGCAUGUGCUUCAUGA